AUGCGUGCGGUGACGGUGCUGGGGCUGGAGGGCAGCGCCAACAAGGUGGGGGCGGGGCUGGUGCGGGACGGGCGGGUGCUGAGCAACCCCCGCCGGACCUUCGUGCCCGCGCCGGGCCAGGGGUUCCUGCCAGGGCAGACAGCGAGGCAUCACCGGGGCUGUGUGCUGGCUGUGCUUCGGGAGGCUCUGCAGGAGGCAGGGCUGGAGCCUGCAGAUGUGGACUGCGUGGCCUACACCAAGGGCCCUGGCAUGGGCGCCCCACUGGUGACAGUGGCCGUGGUGGCCCCGGACGUGGCCCAGCUCUGGAACAAGCCCCUGCUGGGCGUCAAUCACUGCGUGGGCCACAUUGAGAUGGGCCGGCUGAUCACGGGUGCCCAGAACCCCACCGUGCUGUACGUCAGCGGGGGCAACACCCAGGUCAUCGCAUACUCGGAGCACCGAUAUCGCAUCUUCGGGGAGACCAUCGACAUCGCUGUGGGCAACUGCCUGGAUCGUUUUGCCCGUGUGCUGAAGAUAUCCAAUGACCCCAGCCCUGGCUAUAACAUUGAACAGAUGGCGAAGAAGGGACAGAAGCUGGUGGAGCUGCCCUACACAGUGAAGGGAAUGGAUGUGUCCUUCUCAGGGAUCCUGUCCCACAUAGAGGAGGUGGCUCACAAGAUGCUGGCAUCAGGAGAGUGCACCCCGGAGGAUCUCUGCUUCUCUCUCCAGGUGAGGAACGGCCCAGCUCAGGGCUGGGGGAGCAGGGGCUGUGGGUCCAGAGUUAGGAGCCCUGUCCCUGGACAUCAGGAAGUGGGGACUGCGGGCUGGGAGUGAGAAGCACCAUGGGAGCUGGGGAAGGGGGCUGCAAGUCUGGCAUGAGGAGCACUGUGGGAGCUGUGGGGAGGGAAUGAGGAGCGCUGGGGGGGUUACCGAUCGGGAGUGAGGAGUGCUGGGGCAGGAGGUGCUGUGGGUCA